AUGGUCAUGCCAAUGCUCUUGAUCAGCAACCAUUACCAGACGAAUAAUACUGAGGCUGAGGAUGUGUGCUCGACCUUUCUGAUACAGACAGCUUUCGAUCAUCCCUACCUCCUUCAGGCAGCUCUUGCUCUCAGCGCGCUACAUCUGAGCCGAACUUCAGCUCCAGAAGAGGCUCCGCAAUACUCGUACCAGGCCGAGAAGUACCAUGACGCAGCUCUACUUAGUUUCCAAACAUCGGUUCGCGACAUCGAUCAUUCGAACUUCAAAGCGGUUCUUCUGUUUGCCGGAGUCCUAUUCCCACACGCAUGUGUAGCUUCAGUUGCAGCUCACUCGGAUAUGGAGCACGCGUUCGACAGCGUGCUUUCUAAUCUGGUUUUGACCCGGAGGAUACGGCCCAUGGUGACUGGCUUUUACACGGAAAUGAAGGCGAGCGAGUUGGGCCGCAUGAUUCCGGACGACGUCAAAGAUAUUGAUUGGAUGACAGAAGAACAACCACCCAAUACUGAACUUGUGCAACUGCGUAAGUUCUCGGAGGUCGUCCAUCAUGUCUAUCCUCCCGAUAUCGUGGAUGCAUAUGGCUUUGCCUGCCAUAUCCUCGAACUGGUCUUCCAGGUCGCGGAAAAGUCUGAUAAGCCGCCUUCCGACGCGUUGCUGAAGAUUUGGAUCCACCUCAUCUCAAAUCGCUAUAUCGAGCUUCUAUCGGAGAAGCAGCCGGGAUCUCUAAUCAUCUUUGCACAUUACGCGGUCAUGAUGCACAGAGCGGCAGCGAGUUAUUGGUAUCUGGAGGGGCUCGCAGAGCAGAUACUCAAGAUCGCGGAUCACAUGGUCCCUAGCGAGUGGAAGCAGUGGCUUCAGUGGCCCAAGGAGCAGAUACGAGGUGGCUCUGUUCCGCCGACACCAUAUUCUGGACAUGCGACAUGA